GGUAAAUACCCAGUAGUGCAAUUGCUAGAUCAUAUGGUAGCGAUUUGAGUGUUCUCUAGCUGAGUUCGGGGCACUUGGUGAGCCCACGGCCCUCUUACUCCUCCAUCAUGUUUCCCCCCCUCCUCCCACAUUGGAAGUCCUUAUCCAGAGCUUCCGGCCAGCUGCCCUGCCCCAGAACCCCAGGGUGUGCUCCUGGCCGGGUGCAGUGGGGGACAGUCACUCAACUGCUCAUGCUGGGCUCCCACUCUGUCUCGCCACUCUCCACAGAUCUGGGUUUUUCUGGAAGCCGGAUCCAAUCCAGUGGUAGAUGUGGGAUAGGGAUCAAGGACCAGUAGAGGGACUGAGCCUCUGUCAGGCAUUAGGAGAGAACAUCUAGAGCCCACACACUGGGACUGAGAGUAAGGUAAGUACAAUUUUUGUGAUCCUCUCUCUCUGUCUCUUAUAGGAUGGCUGUUCCAUAAGGUCACGACUGAGUCCCCUCCCUUCUCUCACUUUACCAAUGCCUGGUCUCAUGGGGUUAGUUUUGAGCCCCAUACUAUGGCAUCAUCAUCCUCCUUCCCAGCUCCUCGCGCCCCGUCCAAGAAGCCUCUGGGCAAGAUGGCUGGUGAGUGGAAGCCGACUCCUAAUUCCGCUCUUGUUCACAGCUAUGAGUGUACUCCUCUGCGUUCCUGUUGGCGAGGUGGGAGGGCUGCCUGGCCCACAUGCAGCAGGAGAUGCAGGGAGGCUGACGAUGGUGGGCUCCUGGGCUCCGGCCUUGACCUCAGAGCCCAGAUGCUUUGCGACUGGUUCAGGCAGGCCCUGUCGAAGCCCAGGAAGCUGCCGGACUCUGCAGAGAGCACCUCCAGGGACGUUUCACAGCCGAGCUCCCGGGACGACCCCCCCGCCCCGGGCCUCAGCUCAGCCUUGUCUCGCACCCCCCCGCCCACACACGUGGGUGCCAGCAGCAGCAGCAGCAGCAGCAGCAGCGGCCGCUGGAGCAAGGACUACGACGUCUGCGUGUGCCACAGUGAGGAGGACCUGGAGGCCGCCCAGGAGCUGGUCUCCUACCUGGAGGGCAGCACCGCCAGCCUGCGCUGCUUCCUGCAGCUUCGGGAUGCGACCCCAGGGGGCGCCAUCGUGUCUGAGUUGUGCCAGGCCCUGAGUAGCAGUCACUGCCGGGUGCUGCUCAUCACCCCAGGCUUCCUGCAGGACCCGUGGUGCAGGUACCAGAUGCUGCAGGCCCUGAGCGAGGCCCCUGGGGCGGAGGGCCGCACCAUCCCGCUGAUGUUGGGCCUCACCAGCGCCGCCUACCCUGCUGAGCUCCGGUUCAUGUACUUCGUGGAUGGCCGGGGCCCCGAUGGCGGCUUUCGCCAAGUCAAGGAAGCAGUCAUGCGCUAUCUGCAGACCAUCAGCUGACACUUCUUACUUCACCAUGGGACCCAGAAAGUUGGAGCGAAGCUGAAAAUCCAGUUAGAGAGCCCAGGGCCUCACAGGGCCUCAGAGGGCCUCAGAGGGCCUCAGAGGGCCUUGGAUUCCAGCUGCUGUGACGAGGUGUAAGGAACCAGUUUGUAGCACUUUGUAUGUAAUCCUGGGGUCAGAUUGCCCAUCGGGCACUCAUUACUGUAGGCUCCCCAGAAAGGCCAUGGGGAAGCUGGGGAUUCCCCCAGGAAGGUCAUGCGGAAGCUGGGGACUCUCCCAGGAAGGCGUGUGGAAACUGGGGACUCCCCAGGAAGGCCAUGGGGAAGAAGUCGUAGGUGUCAGGAGGUGCUGAUACCAAGAUCACCCGUGUUUUGCCUCCUGCCUCACUGGACACACACAGCCUGGCACAUACCUACAUCUUCUUCCCCUGGAACCGGGCACUGGUAUAGAGAAGCACCACCCCACCCCCACCCCCCAGAAGAGGUGACUCACCUGGGUCAUGAGCUAGAAGCCUGCACUGCACGCUGGGCUGGUUUCCCCAGUGGCCUGGCAUCAGGAGAAAGCAACAGGUACCAAGUCCUUCACACACUACUGCCCUUCUCUUUCCCAGGGACGUUGUCCACUCCAGAAGGCUACAGGGAAGAUGCAUUCAGCACUGUACUCUAUUUACUUUUAUUUCGUGUGUGACACGAAGACGCAAACCUAGAAACCUUUCUGAAUAGUCAGGAGGGGGCAGGGAGCAAGUGGGCUGAAGAGAAGGAAAAGCUCAGCCCCUAUCGCUGGCUCAGAAGCCCACCCACCGAUGCUUUCCCUCACGGGUGCCUCAUCAAAGGUCUGACUAGAACUCAUGCUUUUACAAGGUUCUUUACCUCUGUACUGAGAGAGGUCAGCAGUUUUCUUCUGGCAGAUGAUUGUGUACCUCGUAGGACAAAGUUUCAUUCAUCUGUUCUCAGUAAGUCUGUUGUUGAACCGAAAUGAACUUACUCCCCUGAUGGGUAUUUUGUGCCUCUUCUCUCACUUCCCCCUCCUAUGUCCCCUCCUUUCACUGGAAAAAAUGUAUAUAUUUGAGAUAAAUUAACACAAUGACAUUAGUUUUAGGUGUAAAAUAUGACUUGACAUAUAUAUUAUGAAAAAAAUUUUAAUUAUGAAUUAUUUUAUUACAUACAGAAAGACUAUACUGUCCGCUCAUGUACCUUCCACCCAGCUUAAGAAGCAAAACCUUACAAUCCCUAUGGUGCCCCCUUUGUGCCCUUAAUCACCUUCUCCCAAUAGAAGAAUUUUGAAUUCUGAAUUUUGGGUUUCUUUGGCUUUUCACUUACACAUCCCUGACCACAUGUUUACCUUUACAUGGUUUUGUACUGCAUGUAAAUGGUAUUAUAAUGUUUGUAUUCUACAAAUUCUUUUUGUUGACCACAUGUAAGGUUUAUCCAUGUGGAUGCAUGUAAUGCCAGGAAAUUCACUUUCAUUUCAAUAUGUAAAUGUACCAACAAUGGACAUUUGGUUGUUUCCCAUUUGUUGCUAUCAAAAGCAAUGAGCUUAUGCACAUUUUUGUACAUGCUUCCAUGAGAUUUUCUAGGAUUUAACCGGAAUGGGGAACAGCUGGGUAGUAAAUACACAUUUUCAGUUUGGGUAGAAAAUUCCAAAUUUUCUUCCAAACUGGUUAUGUCAAUUUAUGUUCCUACCAUUUGUGUAUAAGAUUUCCCACUUUUUCAUGUUCUUACUAAACACGUAGAAUCAUCAGAGUGUAAAAUGUUUGCUGAUCUGGUGGGUGAAAACUGGUAUCCUAUUGCCAUAAUAUUCUUUUUCUCUUUUUAAUGAGAAAUUCCAUGUAUAUCAUAUAACAAAGGGGAAGACAAAAAUCUGAUGAAUCCCUGUAUACCCAUCACCCAGUUUCAACAGUUACCAACUCAGAGCUAAGCUCCUAUCAAUUAACUCCAAUUCCUCCCCACCAGAUCCCUUUGAGGCAAAUCCCAGGCAUUAUUUUAUUCCUCUGUAUUAAAAUUAUGUAUGUUUUUAGGAUUUUUUUUUAAAAAUGUAUCUUUUAAAGAACAGAAAGCUUUAUUAUUUUUAAAUAUAAAAACGUUUACCUAUUACUGUAAUCUGUGUUUUUGCGUCUUAUUUAGGAAAUCCUUCCCUGUUUCCUGUAAUUUCUUCUGGAGCUCUUUCCCAUUUAGAUCUUUAAUCCCCUGGGAUGUUUUGCUUGGAUUUGAUUUUUGUUGUUGUUGCUUUUGGUUUGUUAGUCAAAGGUCCAAUUUUUUUCCCCAUUUGAAUAGCCAUUUUUUACCGACUACUAGUCAGUCCAUCCUUUCUUCCUACCGAUUGUGAGGUCACUGCUGCCAUUAUACUGUCAUGUGUGGGUGUGUUUGUGUAUCCCUGCAUCAGUGACACACUGGCUCAUUUACUAUGGUUUUUAAGAAAUCUUGAUGCCUAUAAGUAUUUUUAUCGGGCUUAUAUUGAGAUGAGAGAUUAACUUGGGAAGAAUUGAUCUUUUUUAUAUUGAAUCUUUCUCUCAGAAAAAUGGUAUGUCUCCAUUAUUGGUAUGGUGAAAUGUAUUUUAUAAUCAGUCAUUCACUUUUAUUAAUUUAUUCUUUAGUGCUUCAUAUUUUCUCUUGCCACUGUAAAAGGUAUUUUUAUAUCUCUUAUCUAUUACUGGUAGAAAGGAUCACAGUUCUUUUGCAUAUUGAUCUAAUAUAAAGCAACCUGCUGAAUUACUUAAAAGACCACAGACUCUGUUCGGUUUCUAUAAUCAUAUAAUUUGCAAAACAAAACACAAAACUUUAGUUCCUUGUCUUUUUGUGCUGCCCAGGACCGCCAGUAUGUUGAAAGUGACAAUAGCAACUGUCUUUGUCUCAUUUAUGCUUUUAAAGGGAAUGCUUCUAACGUUUCUCCGUUAAAUGUGAUAUUUGUUAGAGAUUUUUGGUCUGGCGCAAAUUUUCUUUUAACAAGUUUUAAGUUUCCUCUUUCUAGUUAAGAGUUUUACAUUAUCUUGAAUGUGUUUUAAAUUUAAAAUGCCCCCCUCUACUAAGGUGAGGUGUUUUUUUACCCUUUUAAAUUGGUCAAUACAAUGAAGACUUUCCAAUGUUAAGCCAGCCUUAACAAUCUUGGGGUAAACUCAAUUUGUCCAUGAUGAAUAAACUACCUCUGUUAUAAAUCACA